AUGCCGCCGGCUGUUGAGUCGCUGCCAAGGCAGCCCCACCCGCGAAAACCGACGUGCCGCGAGGCGUCGACGCGCCCGAUUCUCGCCCUUCGUGCAGGGGCCGACACGGGGUUGCCGGCGCUUCUAUUGGGCUCGGAUCUGCGCCAGCGCUUUUUGGGACACGCCGGUGUAUUUCGCAAGAAUAUAGAUUUGGAUGAGCAAUAUCCUGACUUAGUUGAGCAAGAAAAUUUGAUCCUAAGAAAAUGUCGUGGAGUUCCACUUGCAAUAGUCACAGUAGGCGUUUUCUUGGCGGACAAACCAAAAACAGUGUUCGAGUGGAGUAAACUAAAUGAGGAUAUUAAUGUCGAGCUGGAGUUGAAUCGAGAGCUUGAGACCAUAGGCUCAUCAAUUCUUGGUAAAAUAUAUGAUGGUUUACCCUACCAUCUCAAGUCUGUGGUCUUGUGUCUUCCCAUCUUUCCGGGGGAUUACAAGGUUAGACGGAGACGUUUGAUACGUCGGUGGACUGCAGAAGAAUACUCAAGGGAGCUGCGCGGCAGGUCUGCUGAGGAGAUAGCGGGCACGUACUUCAUGGAACUCGUUAGCAGGAGCAUUAUUCUACCAUGCCAUUCUGAAAUUGGUACUAGAAAAGGAAUCAACUCUUGCCAAGUCCAUAGUAGUAUCUCUGAAAUCGCCAUCACAGGUGAGGAAAAUCUUGUUUUCAAGCUGGAAGAAGGGUGCAGCCAAAAUACCCAGGGCACAGUGCGUCACCUUGCUGUAAGCAACAAUUGGAAGGGUGAUCAGAGUGAACUGGAGAGAAUAGUGGACAUGUCCCUGCUAGACUUAGAACACACGUCAGGUCUAGUUGAUCACCAUCUUAAGCACAUCGGAAAGCUUAUCCAUCUAAGAUACCUUUCUCUAAGAGGAUGUGGUGAUAUUUACCAUCUGCCGGGCUCAUUAGGUAAUCUGAGGCAACUUGAGACACUGGAUGUUAAAGGGACAAAAAUAAUAAAUCUGCCAAAGACCAUCAGUAAGCUUACGAAGCUACAGCAUGUUCUUGCUGGAUACUUAGAAGCUGAGGAUGACGGCAUAUAUGAAUCCAUUUCUGAUGGUUUGCCGAAGCUAAUGAGGAACAAGUUGGGCCUUAUGACAGUGUUUUCAGCAGGAUUUUGUGUGGCAUGCUGCGCACCGUAUCGUAUGAAACAACAAAUCGAUAUCGAUGGUGAUGUGAACAGGCGUGAUGUGUGCACUAUGUGCUGCUGCGCCAUGCUACCUGCGCUGGUUAAGCCCUGUAGCGCCGGUGGUGUUGGAGUGCCUAGAGGGAUCAAUAAACUGAAGUCCCUGCUCACCCUGGGUACAGUCAACGUCUCAGGGCGGAGGAAGACCACUCUACAAGAUAUUGAAGGGUUCACCCGGUUGCGCAAGUUCGGAGUAGCUGGUAUCAAUAGGAGCAACGGCAAAGAGCUCCGCUCAGCGAUUACUCAUCUCAGGCGCCUGGAAUCGUUGUCAGUGUGGUCAGAUCCGAAGCACUGUUUAGACGGCUGCUUGGAUGACAUCGUCUCACCCCCGGAAAAACUGCAGAGCCUCAAGCUGUACGGCAGGUUGGGCCGCUUGCCGGAUUGGAUACGUAAGCUCGAGAAUCUGGUGAAGCUGAAGCUGCAGAGCUCACAGUUAUUGGAGAUUAGUGCCGCUAUGAAAGUCCUCGGAAGUUUACCAAACCUGGCCAUUCUAAUUCUGCUGGAGAACUCGUUCAAGGGUGACGACCUCUGUUUCAGUUUCCAGGCCGAAUCUUUCCCAAGUCUGGUGGUCUUGCAGCUCCAAUGCCUAGAUGUCGUCGAAAUGGUGCUGUUUGACGGAGGAGCAACCCCUAGGCUAGAAGUGCUGAGGUUUGGCUUGUCUUCUUACGGAGGGUGCAGACUUCGUGGGCUAGAAUGUCUCCCGAGUCUCAAGGAAGUUGGGAUCAGCAAUCCAGGUCGGUACAACGAAUACAUGAAGGAAGACAUGCUGCAACAGCUUUAUCUGAAUCCAAAUCUGCCAGUUUUGAAGAUGGGCAAUUGA